UGUGUCUUUCUUCGGAACUUCCAGGUCGCCCAGCCUGGAGAAAUCUUCCAAAGCGGACGAGUCCACACCAUCGAAAAAGGAGUGAAGGGGAUCGUCCGCGCCAUGGACUCCUUCAUUGGACUUCUCCUUUCUUGCUUGAGCCUCGUUGAGCAUGGACUCGAUGUAGGAGGGCGUCCCCGAAAUCUCUAUUAUACCUGGCGCUUCCUUCGAAGCGGAGCCAGCGUUCUGCGGUGUCCCACCCCAGGUCUCCACAUCGAUCUCUUGAGUUUGAGGGGGGUCGACCUCACGAGUCUGCCCCUCGGAUGCCUUCUGCUCUCCAGGAAAGGUCGUCACGUGGGUGACGAAAAUGAGCUCAUCCUCCGGCUGGUCCCUGAGCCGGAAGAGAGAGUCAGAGCCCGAAACCCGGGAGCUAGAGCUCUUCCUAGGCUUGCGGGCCACCCUCCUUUGGUUUCUUCACCUCAGAGCCCGAGGAGCCCGACAAAUUUCUCUUCAUUUUCUUCUUUUCCUCCCCGGCAGCCCCGGGCUGCCCCACAACGGAGGGAUCAACUGGCAAGGACACGUCCUCGUCCCCUUCCAAAGGCCUAAGUUUGGCGGUCUUAGACAAACCUACAAUAACAAAGGGGAAGAAAAGUCAGUAUGAUGGAAGAUAGAAACAUGGUAUUAACUAUUCAGAAAGAGGCCUUACUAUGAGAACGGGCCUCCCAUCGGCCCUUCGAAUGCCCGCGCCAUGCGCGCUCGGAGUAUGUCAUCUGAGUAAAAAUGCCUUUGAUCCAUUCCUUUAGCCGGGGUACCGCAUUCGGAACCCGGGAGACAGCUGCACAACCACAAGUAUAAAUGCGAAGAAAGAAAUUGAAAGAAAAAGAAUUUUGACGCUUAAAGAGAGAUUGCACUUACGAGAUGCAUUCCACUUCUCAAGAAAUGACAUGUACUCGAGGGGAAUCAAAUCUUUGGUCUUCACCCAAACAAAACGUCCCUGCCAGCCCCGGUCUCGGUUUUCGUCAAUACUCGAAAAUGGAGCUUUGCUGGCCCGACGAGUAAGCUUGAUCAGCCCCCCUCGAAAAAUUCGGGGACUGUAUAAACAAGUAGAUGAUCGAUCGUGAACCGACGAGACUCGGUCUUGUUCACGAAGUAGCGAAGGAGGAUCACAAUCCUCCAUAAAGAUGGAUGGAUUUCCCCGAGGCACACCUCGUACCUCCUGCAAAAGUCCAGAACAAUCGGGUCUACACCGGGCCCCGUGUGAAGGGGUAAGUAUAAACACUUAAGUACCCCUCCACGUGGGUAGUAAUGGCGUCUUCGGGCCCGGGGACUACUACAUCCUUGCCAUCCCAAUUGCAGUCCUUUUGAACUAUGGGAAGAACAUCUUCGAUCAUGGAGCAUAUUUACCUUGAUGCUCCUUCACCCCGGUCCUGUUUGCGUGAGGGUUUCUCGACCUUAAAGUCGUUUGCAAUUGAGCAGCCCCCGGGAAUGAGCGCUUUCAAGGGAGGCUCGGGGGCCGGUUCGUCAGCAGCCACCUCGGGAGAAGCUGUUUCGAGGGCAACUACUUCAGGAGCAACCGCCUCAAUACCGGCGGCCGGUUGGGAGGAUGAAGAGGCAACUUGUUGAUGAACAGAUUUGGAUGUUUUGGCCAUUGUUAUCCGACGAGGUUUAAAAAUUUUAAGAAAGAAUACGAAGUUUUUGAAAGAACGAGUUUUAAAGAUAAGGAACAGAGUAUGAAGAUUUGAAGGAAAUCUAGGUAAAACUCUGGAAAUCACUAUGAGAAUUGAAGAACAAGGAUGAAGAUAUGAAGAUUUGAAAGACAUUUGAUGAUAGUUGGAAAGCUCGAAGGUAAUAACUUGGUCAAAAAGUAGAAAAAGAACAAAGGAUGGAAGCUUUUAUAGGGAAACAGGCGACGCUUCGCAUUCGGGGGCAACCAACCGAUGAGUGACACGUGUCCGAAGUUAGAACGACGCGACUGAUGGGAUGUUUCGGCUUCUUAGUCGAUGGGAAACGACAGAUGUUCUCCGGUUCCUGCCUUUCAAACCGCGUAUAGCGAAGGCAAUCACUCGUAUUGAAUUAGUCCACAUAUCCUUAAAACCGCGUAUAAAUUCAAUUGUUAUCGAUUUUAAGGGUAAACACUCAUAAUUUAAUAAAGCCUUUUGAGAGGCACGUAAACGAGUCGUGAGAAGAAGAAAAAUCAGCUUCACUAAUAAAAAUUGCUGCAGUAAUACCAGUAGUUAUCUGUAAAUAAGCAAUUAUAUUGGCUCUAACUUAGUCUAACAAAAUGGUAAUAUGUACCCAUAAGUUUCUACCCCUAAUACAUACACAAGGAACAAGCUAAGGAUUAGUAGAGAGGGGCGAAAGUGUACAAAAAAUGUGAAUUGAGAUUGUUUAAUGGCCAAAAGUCAAUAUACUCGUCUGUUCUUUUAAGAGACAAGGUAUGCUGCCAAUGGUAGUGAUGAGUGAGACCAUAACAAACAGGUCGAGUUCGGCCAUGACUUUUCACGUUUUAAGUGCUCCAAAUUAAACAUAUAUAGUCAUUAACAUCAAUAUUAAUGAAAACCAAAUUCAACAUUUGAAAGUUACCUUGGGCACAAGGUGGAAACCUAGUAUUGUAAUGGUCACAUUAAUAAAAGCACAAAUCUUAAACUAAGUAGCCUUUCAAGUGUAUGAAAAAUAUCAAAUCAUGUCCCUUAAAUUUUGAAGUACUAUUAUGUGCUGUGGAGUAUAAUGCACACUGAUUGCUCUGACAAGUGAACAAAUUGACAACUGAGGCAGAGUAAAGGAGACUGACUUCAGUUUAGAUUUACUUCAUGAAGAAAGUAAAAUAGCAGUCCUCAUGAAGCGCUUGAAUCUGCUAGAAUUGUUGUAUGCUGCCAUUGGCCGGCACUGUUCCUAUUUUACCCUGAUUCUCCUGCUGUUUUGUCACGUUACGGUAGGCGUCUAUCACUCCAUACUUUUUCAUGCAUAUAUAAUUAGUCGUUAUGAAAGGCUUAGGCUUAGGCCGGCACCUUUUAUUCUGUUUCAUUUCCUUGUUUCCUUCACCUUUUUGUCCUCAAACUGCUGACCUCUACUAUGCACUCUUCCUUGUAUAAAGCUUCUCUGUACCUCCAAUGGAAUCCGGAGAGGUCAAACAAGAAGUUGGAAGUAAACGAAAGCUGCCAUGAAACGAAAUAUAUCCAUGUUUCUUCAGCUUCUGCUCAUUAUUCUGAUGAUGAUCAGCUUCUUAUUUACUUCUCUUCUUGUACCUUCGGUCUCUGCAACAACUCUCAAUACCAUUUCCACCUGUUUAAUCAAUUACAAAGUCAGUAACUUCUCUGUUUACCCAACAAGGAAUCAUGCUGGUAAUAGUUACUAUAACUUGCUUGAUUUCUCCAUUCAGAAUCUCCGAUUCGCAGCGUGCUCUAAACCAAAACCAACUGUCAUUAUCGUACCAGAGAGCAAGGAGCAGCUGGUGAGCAGCGUUCUGUGUUGCAGACAAGGCUCGUAUGAAAUCAGAGUAAGGUGCGGUGGACACAGUUAUGAAGGGACUUCAUCAGUUUCCUUUGAUGGUUCCCCAUUUGUGGUCAUUGAUUUGAUGAAAUUAGACGGCGUUUCAGUGGAUGUGGAUUCAGAAACCGCGUGGGUACAGGGCGGCGCUACACUUGGCCAGACUUAUUAUGCCAUUUCCCGAGCCAGCAACGUUCAUGGAUUUUCAGCUGGUUCUUGCCCAACAGUUGGGGUUGGCGGGCACAUUUCCGGGGGUGGUUACGGAUUUUUAUCCAGAAAAUAUGGACUUGCUGCUGAUAACGUGGUGGAUGCUCUUCUUGUUGAUGCGGAAGGACGGCUAUUAGACCGCAAAGCCAUGGGAGAAGAAAUCUUUUGGGCCAUCAGAGGUGGAGGUGGAGGAAUUUGGGGAAUCAUUUACGCCUGGAAAAUCCGAUUGCUCAAAGUGCCCAAGACCGUGACCAGUUUCAUAAUCCCUAGGCCUGGCUCCAAACGAUAUGUGUCCCAACUAGUUCACAAAUGGCAACUUGUUGCACCAAAGUUAGAGGAUGAAUUUUAUCUAUCGAUCUCCAUGAGCUCUCCUAGUAAAGGAAACAUUCCUAUUGAAAUAAAUGCCCAAUUCAGCGGAUUUUACCUAGGUACAAAAACCGAAGCCAUUUCCAUCUUGAAUGAGGCCUUUUCGGAGUUGGGAGUUCUGGAAGGUGACUGCAAAGAAAUGAGUUGGAUUGAAUCAACACUUUUCUUCUCCGAAUUAGAUGACGUUGCGAAUUCCUCCGAUGUCUCUCGUUUGAAAGAGCGUUACUUUGAAAACAAAUCAUACUUCAAAGCCAAAUCAGACUAUGUGAAGACCCCAAUUUCAGUGGGUGGGAUUAUGACGGCUCUUAAUGUUCUUGAGAAAGAACCCAACGGACAUGUCAUCUUGGACCCUUAUGGUGGAGCCAUGCAAAGAAUUAGUGAGGAAGCUAUUGCUUUCCCUCAUAGAAAGGGUAACCUUUUCGGAAUUCAAUAUCUAGUAGUGUGGAAAGAAAAGGACAAUAAUAAUAUUGUCAAGAGCAAUAUUGGGUACAUAGAGUGGAUAAGAGAGUUUUACAAUACAAUGGCACCCCAUGUUUCAAGUUCACCUAGGGCAGCUUAUGUCAACUACAUGGAUCUGGACCUUGGAGUGAUGGACGACUACUUAUUGCCAUGUACUAGUACUACUGCGUCUGCUAAUCAUGCCGUGGAGAGAGCAAGGGUCUGGGGUGAAAAGUAUUUCUUGAAUAACUAUGAUAGAUUGGUCAAAGCUAAGACAAAAAUUGACCCACUAAACGUUUUUCGACAUCAACAGGGCAUCCCUCCUUUGUUCGCCUCAAUGCAAGAGUAUACCUAUAGUAGUAAAUGAGAUAUAACAAAUAUAUGUUCUAGCUCGUACUAUUUAGGACACAUUAUUGGGUUGUCAGUUUACCUUUUUUUAAUAUAAAAAAAAAAAAAAAAAUUGUUAGUUGUCCUAUAUAACUUUAAUUUGCCUCCUGGGAUGUAUCAUAAAGGUUCAUGUAUUAUUUUAUUUUUAUUUUUAAAAAAAGGGAAUAGCUCUUCCAAUAUUUAAUCAUGGAAAAAGGUAACCAGCGACCAUAAGUUUUUAUUAAGCUGAGAAUGAAAAGCAACGGAGACUCACAAAGGUUGUGGUGGAUAGAUAUAUAGUAUCCUCAAAUACUUAAUUAUUUAAUCAUUUUUGUUGUCUCUCUUUUCCUUUAUAUUGUUAUGAAAAUAUUGCAUUGUGGAUGUUCAUUUAUUACUCCGCUAUAGAUAAUCUUUCUAAAAAAGAUUAUCCGUUUAAUACUCUAUUGAAGUUUAUCUACAAGCAGAGGUUG